GAUGUUUUCUGUGUAUGUGUUUGUUCUCAGCCUAUUCCCAACCACAACAUGUGGAUGCUUCUCUACUUCAUCUCGUUCAUCCUGAUGAGCUUUAUACUGCUUGACAUGUUCAUUGGGGUGAUGGUGGAGACGUUCCACAAAUGCCAACGGGAGCAGCGGAUAGCUCAUAAACCCAAGUCAAGGCCGCCCUCUGUGGCCGAAGAUGAGGCGUUUUUCCUUAAGUAUUCCACUACACGUCGAAGAAUACAUUCCGUGUGUACCAGUCCUGCCCUGGAAUACUCCAUUACGAUCUGCAUCUUCCUCAGCACGUUUGUGAUGGGAGCAGAACACUUCCAGCAGCCUAAGUAUAUAUCAGUUCUUUUAGAGUGGGUCUUCUACAUCUUAACCCUCUUGCUGGUCAUUGAAAUCAUGCUGAAGCUCGUCGCAUUUGGCAUUGUGAGGUACCUGAAAGAUAGCUGGAACAUGCUGGACAUUUUUGUCGUCCUGGUUUCUCUAAUCAGCGUUAUUGUGGGCCAGGUGAAGUUCCAGGAGAAGAUCCCAAUCAAUAUGGGCAUCUUCCGUGUGGUGAGAGUCCUCAGACUUGCACAAGUUCUCAAGACCACAAAGAUCAAAGUUUUGCUCAAAACCAUCAUCAGGACUCUGUCACAGGUCGGAAACAUCAGCCUCUUGUUCAUGUUUUUCUUCUUCAUCUAUGCUGCGCUUGGAGUAGAGCUCUUUGGCAACAUCGCAUGCUCCAUAGACUUCCCUUGCCUCGGCCUGCACCGCCUCAGCGACUUCAACAACUUCAUGCUGGCCUUACUGACGCUGUACAAAGUCAGCACAGGAGAUAACUGGAGCGGCAUCCUGAAGGACACGAUGCCAGGGUGCUUGCCUAAUGACGAAACGUGUAACCCCUACCUGACCUAUGCUUCUCCCAUCUUCUUCACCUCCUUCGUCAUCACGGUCCAGUUUGUUCUCGUGAACUUGGUGGUGGCAGUAAUCAUGCAGGCACUGGAUGACAGCAAGAAGGAAGGACAUGGGGAAACACAGAUGAAAAUGAUUGUACUUCUCAGCGAUCCUUCGGUGCCCGGAGAACACAUCGGGGAGGACAGCGACUAAACUCAGAGAAACCGCCAUAUUCUCUUUGUAUUGUUUCAGCAUCUGUUUUAAUGUUAAAACACAGUUUUAAGGAUGUUCUUGCCUUGUUUCUGUAUGAACUAUACAAUGUUUAUACUUUUUAUGUCCGUUUUUACUCAAGUGUACAUAGAGAUGUCAAAUGUGCUGAAGAAUUGUACAAACGCAUGUUAAAUUAUUGAAUAAAUGUAUUUGCCUAAUUUUGAAACA